UCUCAAGUACUUCAAUCAAUCAGUAGAAACGGGUCGUGUCCCCGUCAGCCCCCGUCUCCCCGAGGCCAGCCAAUUCCCGCCCUUGGUCCGUCCCCAGCUCAUGCCGCCUCCGCUUCCCUCCCCGCCACUGCCCCCGCAUCUCCUCCGCCACCUCAAUGGCCGCACGCUCACCACCGAGCUCCUCGACCCCCUCAUCCGGUCCACUUCCUCCUCGCCGUCCCCCUCCCUCUCCUUCUCCCUCUUCAUCCUCCUCCUCCGCUCCGCCCUCCGCCCGUCCCACCUCACCUUCCCUUUCCUCGCGCGCGCCGCCGCGCGCCUGUCCUCCGCCCCCCUUGCGGCCGCGAUCCACGCGCACCCGCUCCGGCUCGGGCUCCUCCCUGCCGACCUCCACGUCGCCAACUCCCUCGUCCACGCCUACGCCGCCUGCGCCCUGCCGGACCACGCCCGCAGGGUGUUCGACGAAAUCCCCCGGCCCAACCUCGUCUCCUGGAACGCGCUCCUUGACGGGUACGCCAAGUGCCGGGACCUCCCCGCCGUGCGCCAGGUGUUCGCUCGGAUGCCGAGGCGGGACGUGGUGUCCUGGAGCGCCAUGAUCGACGGGUGUGUCAAGUGUGGGGAGCACCGGGAAGCACUCGCGGUGUUCGAGAUGAUGGAGAACGCUGCUGCAGCAGUGGAGGAUGAGGAGGGUGGGGGCGGGGUGAGGGCAAACCACGUCACGAUGGUGAGCGUGCUAGGCGCAUGCGCGCACCUGGGGGACCUCGAGCGUGGGAGGCGGGUGCACAGGUACCUCAGUGAGCGUGGUUUCCAGCUCAACCUCAGGCUCGCCACCUCACUGGUCGACAUGUACGCUAAGUGUGGGGCGAUCCGUGAGGCUCUUGGGGUGUUUCGGGCUGUGCCAGUGGAGAGCACUGAUGUUCUGAUAUGGAACGCCAUGAUCGGCGGCCUUGCAGUGCAUGGCAUGGGCACCGAAUCAGUGGACAUGUUCCGGGAGAUGCCGCGUGCUGGGGUUGUGCCGGAUGAGAUCUCGUACCUCUGCGUGUUGAGCGCUUGCGUCCACCGUGGUCUGGUGGAUGAGGCUUGGAUAUUCUUCCGCUUGCUCGAAGCGCAAGGGCUCAGACCGCACGUUGAGCACUAUGCUUGCCUGGUUGAUGUGCUUGGUCGAGCAGGGCGCUUGGAGGAAGCAUAUGGUGUCGUUAGAAGCAUGCCAAUGAAGCCCAGUGUUUCUGUGCUCGGUGCUCUCCUGAACGCAUGUCAUUUACAUGGAUGGGUAGAACUUGGUGAGGUAAUCGGCAGGCAGCUUGUCCAAUUGCAGCCAGACCAUGAUGGCAGGUACAUUGGCUUGUCCAAUAUCUACUCUGUUGCCAGGCGGUGGCAAGAGGCGAAGAAAGCAAGAAAGGUGAUGGAGGAGAGGGGUGUAAAGAAGGUCCCUGGGUUUAGUGAGAUUGAUGUUGGUGGAGGGAUCUCCAGGUUCAUUGCCCGGGACAAGACUCAUCCGGGCUCAGCACAGAUUUAUGACCUGCUGGAUCUAAUAGCAAUGGAGAUGAAAAUGAAGGCUGAUGAUACCAUUCCAGAUUACCCCUGUGCAACACUGCUAGAAUGAUGGUUGCACCUGUGGAUCUCUGAACAACCAAUUUCCAUGAAGUAGUUUGGUUAUUUCAGAGUGAAUCUGGGCAUAGUAUUUGUCACUCAAUUCUGUCCACUGAAGCACUAUGCCACUAUCCAAAUUCCAAAGCAUCACUUAGGCUAAGUGGAAUCUAAGCCAGCUAGUACAACCUAGUGGGCGAGCAGAUCUAUCAGGGGACAGAUAUGUGCAGAUUAGAAACAACAUUUGUUCCACAUUCUCUACUGAAAAAGAAACAUAAAAGGAUGGGAUCCAGAAGUAAUCUUGACUCUUGAGAUCCUCCUAGCUGCUCUGAGAAUUCAGUAAAACAAAGCAGAAAUUAAUGACAAUCUUGAUUACUUCAUCGACAUGGACAUUGCUCGAAUAGCAGGCAGACAGUAUUUACAUCUGGAUAAGCUUUUUUCAGGAAUUGCUUCACCUGUAGCUACUGCUUGUAUGACAGAUUUGGCAAUAAGGUGAAAACCAUAUCACAGUGUUCCAUCAGUCAGAAGGAUGUGCUAAAACUGUGUCCGGAGCAUGCAAUGUGCCAGGAACCAAGGAGCAUGUUCCGGCAAUUUAUAUGGGAGUUCAUAAGCAGUUUCCGCCCUACAUCGCGUCGGUACUACUGUACCAGAGGGGCGCGAGGAAGCUGUACUUCAAAUCAAUGUGCCAGCAUUUUGCAGUAAGAAGCUAAGAACAGUGCGUCAUCAAUUCUGUACAUUUGCAAAGAAGAUUGUUUGUUGCAUACCGCUGUGGACACAUGGCUUCCUUCUUGAGGUCCUAAUCUUGCCAAGCCGAAGUCUGACAGUUUUGCAUUCCAGUUCUCGUCGAGAAGAAUGUUUGAUGGUUUCAGAUCUCGAAAUAUUAUCUAACAAAAAAAGAAUUGUUAUGAUCCAAAGUUAUGUAAGACUAGUCCAUAAACAAGUUCAACCACAAUGCAAUGCUUCUUCUCAUU